UCCAAGGUAGCUGGGCCUGAGUGGGUUAUUUACAUGUGCAGUACAUGUACAUUGUAAUUUGUAGUCGUAUGUACGCUCGGAACCAAAAUACUGGUACGGCGCGGUAGGGCAGCAAAUCCAGCAUCGACAGUACAAACGUAGUGGAUCCAACCCAGCAGAAGAUUCGCUGGUAACUUUCCUGCCCGGUGAAAAGAUGGUUUGGCCGAAUUCAUCGAAACGUGUGUACCCUUCCUUAGGUCUGGUAGGCCUGUUUUCUGCAGUCCUGGUCAUGCUUUCAAGUGCAGCACUUGAUGUUGGUGAUAGAUCACAGUGGGCUGAUGAAAAUACAACCAUAUCCAUCUCGUGUACUCCCUCUGAAGCAAUUAGUUUUCUUCGUUGGUAUGAAACCACUCUUGGUGGAGAACUGAGUAGUGCAACGCAGAUUGUUCAGCUAUUCACUUUGGAUGGAACUGUUACAUGGUCAGCAGGCGUGGAUCAAUCCCAUUUCCAGUUUGACAGUGGAUCAGCAGAUUACCCCUUGACUGUUAAGUCGGUAACUCUGGAAGAUGAAGGUAGUUACUGGUGUGAAGUAGAACUUGACAGUGGAAAUCCAAAUGAGCAAGAAGAUGUCGAGCUUCAGAUAAGGAAAAUACCGACAGUGGUUGAGUUGAUGCACAUUGACACUGGCGCCAACUAUAGUAAUGGAGAAAAUGUAUCAAUUAUUGCUGGAGAAAAUCGGUUCUCAUGUGCUGUACCUGGCAUUAAACCUGCAGCCAAGUUCAUUUGGGAACUUGAUUCUAAAGACUUAAAUACAUUUGAUGAGAGAAAUGUCACCAGCAGUGAAGAUCCAAGGUUAGUAGACAGCAGCAGCACUCUCACUGUUACUGUUGAAGCUGACUCUACCCUCAAGUGUAGUGCUCAAAAUAAACAGGAUGGGACGACAGCAGCUGAUGUAACUCUUACAGUCACACUCAAACUGAAGCCAGAUCCAUGCAAAAUCAAUCCCUGUCAGAAUGGAGGGACUUGUCGUGAUGUUAAUGGUGAGCCUGAGUGUAAAUGUCCAGAUGGAUUUACCGGGGUAACUUGUGGAGGACGAGCUUCAACAACACCAGAAUCAACCUCUGAAUCCAGUACUACCAUUGGUGGCCCAGGUCCUAGUGCACCAACAGAGGUGUCAACUACACGUUCUUCUACGACCAUGGUGUCCACUAGUACUGACCCACUAACUACAGGGGCAACCACAUGGAUGGCGACCGGUGGUACUGAUCAACGUAAUACAAGGUCCACUGCUCUGUUGGUGUCCACUAGUACUGGCCCAGAGGCUUCAGAUUCCACACCAAUUUUUACUUCAACGCCAACUCUAAUAGUUACUACUAAUGACGUGGAUAGAGGAGGGUCCACUGAUGGACUUACGACAGGACAAAUUGUUGGAAUUUGCGUUGGAGCAGUUGCCUUGGCAGCAAUUCUUCUUGUCCUCACUCUCUGCAUUUUGUGCCGAGAAAGUCUCAGCACACAGUGUUCUUGUCUACAGUGCAAGUCCUCAGUUAACCCAGAGAAGGAAGGCGGUACCACUGACAAAGAAGCACUGGAACUCAAUGGAGGCUCGACCUCCAACAAGGAGAAGGCUUAGUUACAUGCUUAAUACACUGGAAAAAACUGUGGUGUUGAAAUCAGCACUUUUGGUGUUGUCAGAUUGUAUUACUUUAACACCGCCUCUGUUACUUUGCACACAUAUAAGUGUCACAAAACGCUGGAGGGCAUUAAAAGUAACAACAAAUAACACCAACAUUUUCAACACCAGUGAAAGUUGUUGGUGUAGUCCUCUGUUGAAACCAGGGUGUUCAAUUUAACACCCCAGUUUUUCAGUGUGUAUUCUAAAACACUGUUGUUACGUUAAGCUUGUUUUGUUGUGCCGUCUUUUGAAAGUCAUUUUAAUGUUGUGUUAUAUUCUGCAAAUGCAGCUUUUAAGACGUGACUAUUUUCUCAAAGUUGUAGAAAUUUGAAAAAGUUCAAACUUGUUUUGUAAAUAGCCUUGUAUGAAGCGGUAAUUCCUGUGAUUUUAAUGCUGUGAGUAUAAACUGAACCGUUUGAGGUACUCAAGCCAGUGUUGGUGAUCACAGUGGAUGCAGUUUAUCCUUGCAAGCACUACGAGUGAAUACCUUGUCACAGAUUUGUGCAUUGUAUUGUGAGAAUAUUUGUGUAUAGGAUAAUACACUUCAAUUGCGCACUUGGUAUGACUCGCUCUGUGCACCACGCAAGCCAUUGCACUAUGCAAGAGUCUACAAAUUCUGACGUUUUGCAGUGGACCCUUGGCUACCUGCUCAAUCAUAGUCCUGGUGCAAGACGGUGUUGUUGGGAUGUCUUGAGCCAAGACUAGCUCAAUUACGAUUUACCCGAUCGUUUGCAUGUUCAGCAAAUUUUGCAAGGCUCCUUUCUGGACGAGCCUAAAACAUGAAUUUGCGAAUAGAAGUGAAAUAAUGGGCAUACCGUUACCGUAAGCUGCUGAACUGCAGGCCAAGCAACCACGUUCCCAGUGCCCUCCAGACGCUACUCACUCUCCCACCCUGGUGGAAGAUUUAGACUUGUGUUGAACAAUACAUUCUUUACGCGUGCUGUUUAGGAAUAUCCUGGCGUCUGAAUGUGCUUCAAGGUUUCCUGAAAGAUGUAUUUUGCGUUGAAAAGGGAAAGGAUUUUUCGGCAAAAACUUGGAAAUGUUGGAUUUUAAUGAGGCGGAAUGGACGUGAAAAUGACCUGCAAAUGUUUAAACACGUUGUGCACGUUGGCAUUUGUAACUUCAAGCACACGAUAUAUUCUAUGGAAUCACAGAUUCAAGAGGAAAGUUUUCCUGUUUGGGAGGUUACUAUUUAAAAUAGUUGCAGAUAAGGUUCAUCCCAUGGGAACGAAGUUGCAGGCCUAGUUGAGCCCGGCGAAUCAUUGCAGACUGAAUUGCAAACCAAGUUGACGCUUGCCAUUCUGCACAAAUGCAAAACGCUAAUGUAACUGGUGCAAAUAAUACUCUGAAUCACAGUUUAUUUAUUUGUUCCACACUAAAAGGAACCCUGGUCGUUUGCUAAGACGUUGUGACCGCAAGUUCAAAUCAGUUUCCUUUUUGUUUUGCACUUAAAACGAACCUCUUAAAAAAUAUAAAACAUUCCGAAGAGUUCGAGGAAAAUCAACAUCAAUAUGUAAUCCUUGUACAUUUUUAUGGGUCACUCCCGCAUUUUACCGACAUGCUCAUUUAUGUACGUACGUGCAUAAUUAUUAACAAAUUAACGACAAGGUUCCAUUCAGUACCGUCUUGGCGGAAUGAGUACAUUAUAAACUGGGAACUUAAACAUGUAUUACAUGCAUGUGAACACGGGCAGCGUGUGUAGCGUAACUUCCUUUAAAGAGCGCCUUUAGUAAAAACAUGUUUUCUCUAAUUUUAUAUGUUCAACUGAAUAUGAAAGUAUCCGAAUCGAACAAUGUCGUUUGUCUUCAGAGCUAAACAGGGAUUGUUUAGAGUUCAUGCCAAGAUGCAAAGUUUGAAUGUUGAUUUCGUCAUCCGGAGAAAACAGAAAGUGGCUUCAUGCAUUGUUUGUCGUGCACAAGGGUUCAUCCACUACUAACACAGGGCAAUGGUUCACCUCCUUUUUCUUUUUUCUCUGAAAGACGCUAUAUACAUUCAGAAUUAUUAUCUUGGCAUGAACAGAAAAAAACAUGUUCAGCUUGUUAUACUUGCGUUCUAAAGACAAAUUACACUGCAUUCGUUUUGGAUGCUUUCAUAUUUAUUUGAAAAAAAUACAAACAUGUUUCACUCAGAGGUGCUUUUCAACUAUUGUUUCUCUGUAAUGUGGUUAAUGAAACAAAACGAGACGUACGCAGUGCACUGGCGGGGGGACUGGGUGGAGUUAGGGCACCCGGCUGCUCGAACCGACUAGUGAUUGAUGAAAUAGCACAAACCUAUUCAAUAUGUGCAUGCUUGUUCAGCACCUUCAUUUAAAUAGACUUGAAAUAUGUAACGUAUCAUUAUACGAGGGCUAUCGAUGGAAAGGUCAUUUUAUGUACAGAGAUUUCAAGUUCGAGUCAUCACUGAUGUUUUAAAGGGAUGCACGAAUUCUUAACGUUUAGGUGUUCUGAGUUAUCAUACUCAUUGCCAAGUACCCGUAAAGUAUCAUGACAUCACUGUACUGCGGUUUUGGGACAUCACAUGAGUCCUUGAAGAAAUCUUCAAUUUUUGCAAUCAUCGAUGAUACCACCGACCGUUUACGGAAAAUAAAAACUUAUUCAAUAUUUAUGAUGAUAUAGUUCAUUGUCGUUUGUGUUAUGCCACACUAGCUGCUGGAAUGUUUAAAGCCAAAUUGUCCACCCUUGUAAUCAUUUCAGUAUCAGGCUAUUCUGAAAAUUGCCAUCGAAAUGUAUAGAUAUAUCAGAUUAUAUGUAAGUUGUUUUACCCAAUGCAAGGUAAAAUGACCUUAAAAUCAAUUCUGCGGUGUUAAUUUCUUGCCGAUAUUACUCAGAUAUAAUUAAUAUUAAUUUACAAUUUCAUUUCGAAAAACAAAACCAUUUACAUCUCAUCCUCACACCAAAUGUGUUUUUGUAUUAGAAAAAUAUAUUGAAGUGUUUCCAAAGUAGCUGUAUAGGUUUCCGUCCUUUCCGUCCUGUUGAAUGCAUUAAACGUUUUUGUUAAAUACCUUUUAAAAGCAUAUCGAAGUGGUGUUUAAUCUAUGACAGGGCUUUAGAUUAAAGUAUAUGUGGCUUGCGAGGCUUGUACGUCUGAGACAAAAGCUUGAGAACUUCGUAGAGUUAGUAAUGGGCUAAUGUGAUGUCAGAGACAUUCAGAUGAUUUUCUUUACUCAUCAAUGAGUACAUAAACGUCCUCAUUCCCCCAUCAGCGGUGUGUCCCGUUGGGAAAAGAACGUAUUGCCCCGCUGGGGACAAGAACAACUCUUGUAAGCGUUGCAAGUGCAAACAGUUUAGUAAAGGUACUAGUACCUGCCUUUGGAAGGGGGCGGCUCUUUCACGAAUGAAAACUAUUUAAACAUUUUGUAGGAGCAAAAAGACCCGGUUUGCCCCGAAGCUAAAAAUCUGGGCAUGUCACACGUCGUGUUUUCACAAAACGCGCAUAAGUCAAAGCAUGCCUUGUUCGUAAUGGUAUUCACUGAUAUUUUUGUCUUUUUGGUUUGGUAUAAGGGUUAAUCCGAAGUAUCAGGUGAUUUCCAACCACAUGUAUGUUGCAAAGAUAUGACUAAACACCACAUUGAGGUUCUUUUCGGGUUUGUUUUUAAACUUUGAGUUUUGGUUGUACUGUGAAAUAACCAACCAGUGUAUUCGACCUUUCGCUUUUAAUAUAAUUUCUAAAACUCAGAUACUCAUGUAUCUACUUGAUAGACAUUUUAUAGAAGUUUUAUCAAAUUGUAGAAGAUCAAAAGAAAUGCAAUGAAGUAGUUGUUUUGCAGUGCCAUUGUGGCAUAUGUCCAGUUUUUGGGAUGUGUCAACCAUUGAAAGAUCUCUUUUCAUGUUAAAUAUGCAAAUUAAGUUUUCGACUCGGCCAAGUUGCUUUUGCCCCUUCCGUCUGUAGCCAAUGACCACGUGUAAUGUGUCGGUUAUAUUUGACUUGAUGUCGAACUCUUAACCUUUGAACUCAACCUAAUUUAGUUUAUCUUCCCGCUGGUGUCUGUUGUGACAUGCGAAAUAAUUUCUAUUUACUUCUUUAUUUUACGUGUUGUAGACAAUGUCAGUUUGUUGUUUGAUUGGGUUUAAUUUUUGCCUUUCUCCACAUUAAUUAACCAUCUCACUGCCCUUAAGAGUUGAUAUAUUUUAUUGCUAUACCGGUUGUACACGUUAAUCAUCUUCCCUGUCAGUGUUUUUGUUCCGUAUGGAUACACGUGAGUAGAUCUUUUGUUCAUCCCCCUUAUAACCAAAGCACUGACCUGGAAUAUGGCUGCCGUGCAUAACGUAUAUUUUGUGAGUUGUCUAUUUACGCAGAGAGACCAUGAUUUAAUUUGCCGUGUAUUAAUGAUAUCCUUUCUGAAAAAAAUGUUCAUAUGGAUGUGGAACAUGCAUUUGGAAACAGGCCUGAAGUUUAGACUGUAAAGAAAAACUUUAAACAUCACGAUGAUAACUUUGCUUUUGAGUGAACUGAUGUAAGGAUAACCCCUUUUUCGUUUAAUUUGUCAUUGAACAACUUUUGUCGGAGAUAUCAAGACAAUAUCAAGACUCCUGAUUGGGAAACUGGUUAGCUGUUUUUAAUUUCGGAUCUUAGGGGGUAGAACACUUCUGUGCCACGAUUAAUACUACAUAAUAUUGGUCAAAUGAACCGUCAGAAAUACCUUUACAUAGGCGGGUAGGUUUGAAGAUGCGUAUAAGCGUCAGGUCUGCAUUCAUUUUAUUGCGAAUUUUUUGACAAUAAAACUAACAUUUAAUUCAAUAGGAUAUGCUCCGA